UCUAGGUGAAUCCUUCCAAUACAGCUACCCUGACUUCCUUUAUAGUAUCUGAAGUCUAUAUGUCUGUCUUUGUGUUUGCUCUCCUGCACGGAAGGAAUCUGGUGCCGUGGGUCCUGGGAUCCGUCGCUGCAGUCCUCUGGACAGAUCCCUGAGCAAAUUUUCCAUUCGUUUGGAAAGCGUUUCUUUGUCGCAAGUGUCAACUGACUGCAAAGGACGGUGCACCUAGCCACAGUAUAUACCAUGAAUCUCCAGGUGGAUCAUUUCCCCUGGAAAACAUGCCCAUUAGAAAUGGUCUGGAAAACAUGACAUCACUGGAGGCUUUAACCAUGCCUACCCACAAUCUGAGUAAGGUUGGCCUGACGCUGAUGUCGCUCUUGACCUACACAGCCAUGGUGGUGAUGAACGAAGGCGCAGCUUCGGGAGCAUUCAAAGAUAUAUUUAAUACUGCUACUGGAAACAUCUCACGCCUGUUCGACACCGACUUCACCCCGGCACCUUGGACUUUCCAGAUAUGGAACGUCAUCUACUUAUGGCAAUACAUGUGGCUGGGAUUUGUAUUAUCCAGACUCUUCAGAAGGAAUGAACUUGGCUGGGUCUACAUGAAGCCAGAUAUAUUGCCCAAUUCUUUUUACUUCUUAUGGAUGUUGAACAAUAUCUUAAGCAUCGAGUGGCUGUUUCUAUGGGAUAGAAUGCAUCUAAUUCCAUCCUUAUUGAUGAUGGUACUUCGCAUGGUCACCUGUUACAUCGCCCUCAUUAUUUCACACCGGGCUUUGCACCCUCAUACAGUUUGGUUGAAGAAGCACAGCUAUGGAGAUCUGUUGCUCGUCCGGAUACUGGUACAGAAUGGAAUUACCCUUUAUGCCACAUGGACCACCAUAGCCACACUCUUGAACUUCACCGUCGUAUUGGUCUAUCUUGGGGAUGUGUGUAAUACCACUGCAACCAUAACCUCUCUGUGCAUCCUGUUCUUUGGGCUGAUGGGGUGGUUCUAUCUGGAAACCGUCGUCUUUGAUAAGUAUGUGCGUUAUAAUCUCACCGUCUACCCAGGCGUCCUUUUGGCGUUGGCUGGUGUUUUGAAGAAGAAGCCUAUAUCUUACUCUCCGAACUCGACCAGUGUCUUAGUAGUUUUGCUACUGGUAGUGACUGGUGGUCUGGGUACCAUCCGACUGAUAGUCCUCGCUGGCAGAAAGCUGAAAGAGCUAAUGAAUGAGCCAGCGCCUCCUACAGUGAGAAUUGUUUCCUGAGCAAAGCCCUUCAGCGGAAGACAGAGGUGGCCAGACCUGUGCACCUUUCAAUACUGGCUCACUGGAUGGAGACCUGGGAUUUCAAACAGCUCCCUGUGGAUGGGGACUGUACCACUCUUCUGUUCCUUCCUCCUCUCUCCCCUGCCCAGCUAUCCUGCCUGGUUUGGCGUUGUGGGGAGGUACUAAAUUACUUGCAGAAUCCAUCACAGCAGGAGUCCCCAACAUUUUUAAGCAGGCAGCAGUGGCGUAGCUGCCACAGGGACAUCUGGGGACAAACGCCCCGGGCACCCCUGUGAAAGUCACAUGGGGGUGGAAAAAUUGCCCCCAUAUUUCUGGAAAGGAGGAGGGGCAUGGCUGGGCCUCCUCAUUCCCAGAAGUGGCUGGUCCUUGGCAUGACUUGUGUACAUCACAGUGAGGCCCAGCAAUGCCCCUCUUCCUUUCUGGGGAGUUGCUGGGGGAUUCUUUCCGCCUCGCCUUGUCAGGCCCAGUUGCCGGAUAAGGUAAGUGGGGAGCAUUGGGGGCAUGGCCAGUGGUGGGAUUCAGCCGGUAGCUAACCCGCUAAAUCCCACCAGGGAGGGUGAGAGAGGAGCCUUUCCGAGCCCCGGAGAGAUCUGGGGCUCGGAAAGGCCCCUCCCUCGCCCUUCCAGGCCAAGCCACAGCUGUCGCCUUCCCUCACCUCCCCCUCCCCCCGCCAGCCACGUUCCUCCACAGCAGCCAGGUAAGUGGCUCAGCACUUUUUUAAAGCCAAGAAAGGGUCUCUUUCUCGGCUUAAAAAAACAAACACUGAGGCUGGAGCACCCCUCUCUCUGUGAGAGGGUUCCUCUCAGAGAAAGAGGGGCACUCCAGCCUCCACUGCCCAUGGAUCAUAGAAUCCAUGGGCAGAGCAAGCUUUCCCCUCCCACCCCUAGCAAGUUUGCUCUGCCCAUGGAUCACAAGAGAGCAGAGCAAGCUCUCUCAGCCUCCCCCUCCCAUCCCCAGGAAGCCUCCCUGCCCAUGGAGCACAGGACCAUUGCUGUGUUCAGACUUGUGAGUUGGGGACAUGUUUUAUAAUGCGAUGGUGACUUUGAAAUGACCUGGUGCAAGAAAUCAUUGUUUGGUCAUGGUGGGGGAGGACGGUCGCCUGCAUGGGGGUGGGGGGCGCAAAGCUCAGAUUUUGUCCCGAGAUCCAUUUUCCCUUGCUGCGCCUCUGGCAGGUGGGCACCUUUGGAAUUCUGACACAGCAUGAGGGAGUAGCCACAAAAUGGCUGCCACAAGAGGUGGAGCCACCCACAAAAUGGCUGCCACAGGGUUACCUUCAGUCACACAGUGAA